UUCAAGUUCUCAGGCUCACUGCCAUUAUGGAUGAGCAGCAAGCUUUGAAUUCAAUCAUGCAGGAUUUGGCUGUGCUUCAUAAGGCCAGUCGUCCUGUAUUGCCCCAGCAAGAAACAGGGAAACCAAAGUCAUCUUCGCCUAAAAAACAGAACGAUGUUAGAGUCAAAUUUGAACAUCGAGGUGAAAAAAGGAUCCUGCAGUUGCCAAGGCCUGUAAAACUUGAAGAUCUUGCAACUAAAGCUAAAGUUGCUUUUGGACAGACUAUGGAUUUACAUUACAGCAAUAAUGAGCUUGUAAUUCCACUAACCACACAAGAUGACCUGGACAAAGCUGUUGAACUGCUUGACCGUAGUGUUCAUAUGAAGAGUCUCAAGAUAUUACUUGUAGUACAUGGAAAUACACAGUCACCCAGUGUAAAUAACGUGGAACCCUUGCCCUCACUGGAAGAUUUAGAUAAUACAGUGUUUGGUGUGACAGACAGAAAAAGGCGGCUGUCUGUAAUAGGUUCUAGUACUCGUGAUAGGAGUUCACCUCCUCCAGGAUACAUUCCAGAUGAGCUGCAUCAGGUGGCCCGAAAUGGGUCCUUCACCAGUAUCAACAGUGAGGGUGAAUUCAUUCCAGAAAGUAUGGAUCAGAUGUUGGAUCCAUUGUCGUUGAGCAGUCCUGAAAAUUCUGGCUCGGGUAGCUGUCCCUCACUAGACAGCCCUUUAGAUGGAGACAACUACCCUAAAUCUCGGAUGCCAAGAGCACAGAGCUAUCCAGAUAAUCAUCAGGAAUUCUCAGAGUAUGAUAUCCCAAUAUUUGAGAAAUUUGGAAAGGGGGGGACUUAUCCCCGAAGAUACCAUAUUUCAUAUCACCAACAAGACUACAAUGACGGUCGGAAAACUUUUCCAAGAGCCAGAAGGACUCAGGGGAACAGCUUCCGAUCGCCAGUUAGUUUCAGUCCCACUGAUCACUCGCUGAGCACCAGUAGUGGAAGCAGUGUCUUUACACCAGAAUAUGAAGAUAACAGAAUGAGGAGAAGGGGAAGUGACAUAGACAAUCCUACCUUGUCAGUCAUGGACAUCAGCCCACCCAGUCGCUCGCCACGUGCUCCAACUAACUGGAGACUUGGAAAACUGCUGGGUCAAGGUGCAUUUGGCAGAGUAUAUCUGUGUUAUGAUGCUGAUACUGGAAGAGAACUGGCUGUUAAACAAGUUCAGUUUGAUCCUGAUAGUCCAGAAACCAGCAAGGAAGUGAAUGCACUUGAAUGUGAGAUUCAGUUGCUGAAAAAUCUGCUGCAUGAAAGAAUUGUUCAGUAUUACGGCUUCUUGAGAGAUCCACCAGAAAGAACACUCUCUAUAUUCAUGGAAUAUAUGCCUGGGGGUUCCAUCAAAGACCAAUUGAAAUCAUAUGGAGCACUCACAGAGAAUGUGACUCGUAAAUAUACGCGGCAGAUUUUGGAAGGAGUUCACUAUUUGCACAGUAAUAUGAUUGUCCAUCGAGAUAUUAAAGGAGCAAAUAUUCUGCGAGAUUCAGCAGGCAAUGUGAAGCUUGGUGACUUUGGUGCCAGCAAACGACUGCAGACAAUAUGUCUCUCUGGUACAGGAAUGAAGUCUGUCACAGGAACUCCAUACUGGAUGAGUCCAGAAGUUAUUAGUGGAGAAGGGUAUGGCAGAAAAGCAGAUAUCUGGAGCGUAGGUUGUACAGUGGUAGAAAUGCUCACUGAGAAGCCCCCAUGGGCAGAGUUCGAAGCAAUGGCUGCCAUCUUUAAAAUUGCCACUCAGCCAACCAACCCCCAGCUACCACCUCAUGUCUCCGACCAUGCUCGGGAUUUCUUGAAACGGAUUUUUAUCGAGGCCAAGCUGCGACCAUUUGCAGAUGAACUGCUAAGACACACGUUUGCACACUAUCACUAACAGCCUGCCUCAACUCAGCUUGCAUCUACUGCGUUUAUUUUCUAUUUGACUGCACUUUUAUUUUUUAUUUUUUAUGAAAAA